CAUAAUCAUAAUCAUAAUCAUAAUCAUAAUCAUAAUAAUAAUGAUGUAGAGAACGAAUUCAUUUUGAUCCCGGAUUCAAACAGACAGGUUGAGAUAAUGCCCGGAUUCAAGAUGAAUUACACUGAGUGUGCCAAUGCAUGCAAUGCCCCGAGGAUGUCUACGCGAGCCCGAAGAAUUAUUUUAAGUGUAUGGCCGAUGGAACGUCGUCAGAAAUUAAUUUUACGACCGGAUAAAAGACGACCUGACUGGGAACUUCUGCAAGAGUCGGAUGUUUUACAAAUAUUAAAUUUAUGUUUAGCCAUGCAAAAAAUUAGAAAAUUAAACAAUACUGAUAGAAAUAACGCUGCUUUAAAUAUGAGGCAGUGGAUCAGCGACACUUUAAAAAAUGAUCAUUUCUCGAAAAAUAAGGAUACUGAGGAACACGAUUCAAUCAACUCAGAUUGUUAA